GGCGCUUGGCACCCGGAUCCAGGAGUACGGGCUGCUCCAGCGGCGCCUGGAGAACAUGGAGAACCUGCUGAAGAACAGGAACUUCUGGAUCCUGCGGCUGCCACCGGGCAGGAAGGGUGAAGUCCCCAAGGUGCCGGUGACGUUUGAUGACGUGUCCGUCUAUUUCAAUGACAAGGAAUGGGAGAAGCUGGAGGAGUGGCAGAAGGAGCUGUACAAGAAUGUGAUGAAGGGGAACUAUGAGUCGCUCAUCUCCCUGGACUAUGCAAUUUCCAAACCUGGUGUUUUGUCUCAGAUUGAGCAAGGAGAGGAAUCACGGGUCAGGAAUGAGCAGGACUUGGAGGAGAGCGAGAUCAUUACCGAUGCCACCGCAGCUGGUAUAAGGGUUGUGAUCAAAACGGAGGAGCUCCUUCCAGAAGACAGCCCUGAAAACCCCGAGCUGCACGGGAUGUCGGGGCAGUCGGAGGGGAGCUUCCAGAGUCCGGAUGAGGAGGCAGCCUGCGAGAGCCCCUACGGCUCCGUCUCCCCUCCGAGGGACCUCCCAGGAACCAGCCUGGGUGACUCGUCUGAAUACGUCGCUGACUUCAACGAGAUCCAGAGAGUCAUCGUUCACCACGGGAACUGCACAG